AUGAAAGAAGUAACAAAUAUGGAGGCACAAACAGAGCAAGUCGGGCUGUCUCGAGCAGAGAGAAAGGCUCUCGAAAAGGCUAAACUGAUUCAGAAAGAGACUCAGAGAAAUAACUUUAAACUGGUGGCCGGGAUAUUAAAGAAGGCUGAAUGCGAGCAAACCGAAGAGGAGCGAGCCUUACUUCAAAGGCAUCAGGACACCGUCCAAGAGCUGAGCAAACGCCAGGCUCGGAGAAACACUCUGAAACGGAAACAGGAAGAGCUCUAUGAUGGAGAGGAGGAUCUGAAGACCAAAGUGAAGCAGCUGGCCGAAGCGAUGCGUCAGGCUCGCCACAUCGUCGUCUACACAGGAGCCGGGAUCAGCACGGCCGCUUCGAUCCCGGAUUACCGCGGACCUAACGGAGUGUGGACUCAGCUACAAAAGGGGCGCGCCAUCAGGCACUCGGAUCUCAGUGAAGCUGACCCGACUCUGACUCACAUGUGUAUCCAGAUGUUACACAAGGUCAAAAUGGUUCAACACGUGGUCUCUCAGAAUUGUGACGGUCUCCACUUGCGCAGUGGGCUUCCCAGACACGCCUUGUCGGAGCUGCAUGGGAACAUGUUCAUCGAGGUGUGUGUAUCGUGCUCUCCGGUUCGCGAAAUGAUCCGUCUAUUCGACGUGACAGAGCGCACAGCACUGCACAGGCACGCUACAGGCCGGCGAUGCCCUCAGUGCAAAGGGGAGCUCAGGGACACCAUAGUACACUUCGGUGAGAGAGGCACACUGGAGCAGCCGUUAAACUGGAAAGGUGCGGCUGAGGCCGCAGAGCAGGCCGAUCUCAUCCUCUGUCUCGGCUCCAGUCUGAAGGUUCUGAAGAAGUACGCGUGCUUGUGGUGUAUGAAAAAAACUGCUGCUAAGAGACCGAAGCUAUACAUCGUUAACCUUCAGUGGACACCCAAAGAUGACUUGGCCACCCUGAAAAUACAUGGGAAGUGUGAUGAUGUGAUGCGACUCCUGAUGGAAGAGUUGGGAGUUGAAAUUCCGUCCUACAACAGAUCUGACGACCCCAUCUUCAGCUUGGCCAUUCCUCUCAGACAGGAUGAAGAGGAUGGUCACAGCCGUAGAACUUUAACGCCCCUAGCUGAUCUGGAGCAUCCAGAGACUGAUUCAGCGAAUCAAGAUGAAGAGACGGAAGUACAGGGUGGCUGGUUUGGACGAGGUUACUCCAAAGCAAGGAAGAAAAGAAAAUCAUUAUAGUGAUACCCAAAGUACUUAAUAAUUUAUGAAUAUACAGCAAAUCAAGCUACCUUGGUUUAUUAUUAUGAGACAAUUUGGUCACCUGUAUAACUAAAAAUUCUUUACUAAGCAGCACAGAUUUAUUCUUUAAGGAGAGUUAGUGAGGUUUCCAUUUAAACUGCCAAAGGAAUGAAGAGUAAAAAAAAAUAGACUUAUAACCUAUCAAGUCUAGUAGGUGUAUUCUUAUAUUCUGAUUACAGUAUUUGAUGGAAGGAUAUUGUAUUUAGCAAUUGUAAAUAUAUUUUGGAAAUUAAAUUUCCAAGAUUUUAUUUCAUAAAAAGGAAGACAGAAAAAACUCUCAGGUAAAAUAAUUAAACCAGCCUAGACCUCAGUAUAAAGCUUUUUCUGCUGUAAAUAAUUACCAUUUUAAUGCCGUGUGGAACAUUUCUGUAAAAUAUUAAUUGCAUUAAGACUGUGCCAGUUUUUCAGUAUUAUCCAUUUGCACCUUACGUUCAUUCUCUCAGGUAAUUAGCAAAACUUGACAUAUUCAAUUCUGUUUAGAAUCAGUGUUGAGAGAAGCUAAACAAAGUCAAAUUCUGACUUCUAUGUGGUGGAGUUUUGUUUUACAUGUUGCAUCACAUCUAGAGUAUGCAAGGUUAAAAAAUUAAAGAAAUCUGUAGUGCAGAUUUUAUAAAAGUAGCUUGCUACCUAGUACAAAGCCAGUUUUUGAAUAAUGUAUAGCAAUGGUUGGUUGGUUGGAUUAUUUUUUUCAUUGUUUUUUAAAUUAAUUUUUUAUUUUCUGUUAACCACCAGAGCACACAUGCAGCUCAAAUUCUCUUCAUGUUCUGCUUCCUAAGCUCAAACCACCUUCCAAUCACCUCAAGUUAUACAAACCCGUUAUUUUUAUCUGCAUUACUAACAAUCUAUUCUAGCCAGGACAGGUUAGACUAGCCAGUUAGCUAAUACUAGCUGGUAAAAAUUAUUGUUAUAUGGUUAUAUUUCUAUCACGUUGUGUGAGCUGUUAUUUGUUUUCAUAUCGGUAUUUAAAAAAUCUAUUUUUACUGUAGAAAAAAAACUUAAAAUGUUCAAGCACCCUUGCAGUUGUCAUUAGGUCAAAAUCUUAACACUGUUUAUGGUAGCAGACCAACGUUCAUGGAAAUUAUUUCAGAACAUUCAAUUUACAGACAACUAGUAAUAAACAAUUUUAGAGCGGGAUUUGUUGUAGCUUUCUGUAGAAUAUUAUAGCCUUAUACAGUCAAUGUAAUUCAGUACAUACUGAAUGUACAGCUUAACAGCUAUCAAGAUGCGUAUAUGAUUUUUAUUUCGAAGGAACAACUUCACAAACAUCUCUCUAGCAAUUUAACAGUGACUCCAUCAGGUCUCAUAACACUAUGUUUACAUGCUGAGUUAAUGGCAAAGUCUUAAAUUACUGUGGAAAUGUACUGAUCCUCAGACAAACCAGAAUUAUGUCUAGAGACUAACAUGUCUCCUAUGCUUACGUUAUAUUUUCCUUAAUGCAACUAAAGUUUUUUAUUUUUAUGAUUAUGUUAAUUAUUUUAAGAUGUAAAUCAUGUUGGUUUUUGUAUUUUCCAUUGAGAAAACCACUAAGUGUUUUACUGCACCUGUAACUUGAACUUUU